CACAUUAAAAAAUGAUUGAAAAAUAUCUAAGAAAAGUUUAUAGCAAUGAAUAAUUCUAAUUAAAACACCACAAAGAAAAGCAAACCAAACAAGCCCUUUUUUUUGUUUUUUGCCUUUUCCUUUCUUUUCUCCUACUCCAUUAGUUCUCUCAUUCAUUCUUGAACCUUUCAAACUCUUGUGACCUUGUUCCUGUUCCCUCAUGGAGGAUUUCAGAUCCAAGUCAUGCAGGGAUGGGAGGAUGAUGCAGAUUGAGAGCUACUAUGGAGGAAGAGGUGCCCCAACAAGCAUGCAAGAUCUGAGGUCUUACAGUGUGAAUUAUGCAGGUUCAUCUGUACAGACAAAUAACCAGAUAGUACCAAAGGAGCUGAAGAUGAAGAAAGGGAAAAGCAGUGUUGGGGCAGUCUCUAAAAACUGGAGCUUCAAUGACCCAGAGUUGCAAAGGAAGAAGAGAGUAGCUGGGUACAAGGUUUACACUGUGGAGGGCAAGAUGAAAGGAUCACUGAGGAAAAGCUUUAGGUGGAUGAAGAACACAUACACCCAAGUGGUCUAUGGAUGGUGGUGAUUCAUGUGAUGGGUAUAUCUUCCUUUUCAUUUUUUUUAAGGUUUCUCUUUUGGUUUGUAAUGGAUUGUGAAGUUCUAUUAAGAGUUUGAAUAUCAUAGGACUUAAAAAGUCCUAUUUUUAUGCCAAUUCUCUAUAUAUACUAUAGUUCUAUUAUGAGUUCGAAUAUCAUUGGACUUAAGAGUCCUAUUUUUAUGCCAAUUCUAUAUACUACAGAUGUGGAAGUACUUACUGUCUUA